AUGCCAAACCUCUGGUUUACAGUAGUGGACCUGCCUGAUGCACCUACUGACAAAGUUUCAUUGGAAAAUGACAAAGAUGCAACUGACCUCAAGAGAGCAAUUAAAGAGACAAUGCCAAAUACCCUAGCUGAUUACAACCCAGCUCAAUUGAGGCUCAAGGCCAGAAGUCACAAUGAGACCAAUGAUCAAGCACGUAACCUUGAUGACCCAGAAGCUACAAUCUCUGAUGUUUUCAAAAACUAUGGUGACUGGGUCCUUGUUUUUUUACCAUCUGUGGAACACCCAGCCAAGAAGCAUUGUUUAGAGGAGGGCUGGGAGGUGUACACCUUUAAAGGCAGUUCUGUGCUUCUGCCAACUGAUAUUAUCAAGAUUUUAAACAACAAUCCAUUCAAACCCACUCCCCGCAGUACUUUUAGCACUCUUCUAAAUGCUGAAGUUGGCAAUUUGAUAAAUGUUAAAACUGCUGGUGAAGACAGCACAAUAAUACCACUAAUGAAUCUUGGCCAGGAACCAAAACACUUUGCUGAGGGUUACCAAGCAGGGGCUUUCUUUGUUACUGAGCAAAUGAAAGGUGUUUGGAAUGAGCUUGCAAGUGACCACCAACACUCAGUCAAACGGAUACUAUCAGGUCCCAUGGGCAUAGGAAAAUCCUACCUUGCCUGGUUCCUGGCAGCAAUGGCCUAUGCCUCUGGAUGGCCCUUGCUGUAUAUAGCAGAUGCAGCUGUGUUGGCUAAGGCAACAACUCUGGAAGCAGCAACAGAAAUUUGCUAUCGAUUCCUGGCACUUAACCAAGACAUUCUCUCACCCACCCAGCUUGAAGACAUGGUGGCACAUGCUAAGAGUGACCCUCCUGAAACAUCAUGUGCUUCAGCAAUCCUUGGAAAAAUACUUCAGCAAAAAAACAAUAAAACUCUUCUUCUUGUUGAUGAACAUGGUGCACUGUUUGAUUCCAAUCCUCCAAUACCUGAUAUGCUUCCGAUUUUGAGCUCCUUGAAGAACCUUAAUGCAUGGAAUGAGACACUGAAUGGGGCACGUGUGGUUUUGACAGGUACAACUCAUGCAAAAUUUGAGAUGACACACCUUAAAAAUGGGAUGCAAGAUUGGGUUAUCUACUGUAACCCAUUAUCUCCAGUAACCUUUGGCCGGUUGCUAGAUACAAUUCUCUCCCAUUUCCAUUCAGACACCUGUCAAAAUAUAUUAAUAUCUAGUGCCAGGGACAAGAUCCUGAGAAUCACUAACUGUAUGCCACAAGAGCUUGUAUGCCUAGCCACUACCAUUGGAACCUCUUCCCUUACUAUAAGUCAAAUUAAUAAGAAACUAGAAGAAUUUGAAUCUUUGCAAUAUAAGGAAUGUUAUAACAGUGCAACAGCUCAUUUUGAGAGUCUCCCUCCAAACUCAAAAGAGGAUCACUGUCUGGCUCUUGCGGAUAUGUUUUUGCCUAGUGAAAAAAGUCGAAGCUCUGCACAAUUUGAUUGGCAAUUUUGGACUUUAGACUGGAAUGCACUGUUAGCCCUGUACAAAACAUGCCCACUACCUCAAGCCUACAUUAACGCUCUUGCUGAAGACAAUUUCAAAGGUUUGGAAUUUGAAGAUGCUCUAUUCCAACAAUUAUUGUGCAAUUCCCAAGUGACACUCACCACAACAGACCUUGCUGGGCAAAAAUGCAAUGCUCUUCACCUUGAUAUUCAGCACUAUGAGUUGUUUGAGGAUCCACCUCCAAGAUAUGAAAUGAAUACCCUAGUACGUUGCUCUAAGAGAUAUCCAUGGUUUGAUUAUAUCUUGGGGUACAAAUUCUUUCAAGUAUCUCUGCAAGACUUUUCUACACACAACACAGGUUCAGCAAAAGUUGAGCAUGCCUUUGAUCGAAAUCGGGAAUGGACACCAAAAAAUCAAAUGGAAUACUACCUGGAUGCUGUGUUUGGUGGUAAUCAUAGUGCCAAUAUGAUUGUGACAAAACACUCCAAUGUUAAUGUCAAGAGAUUCCAAGUUACUAAAGAUGGUAGCCAUUGUCCAGGUUUCCAGAUUAUUUAUAUCUGUGGUAAACCUGCCAACACAAAUCACAUGCAAAAAUUUAAGGAAUUUCCAGAAUUGCGGCACAUUUCCUAUUGUGAGAUCAAAUCGAAAUUAUUUCAACAAUGCUUGGAAUUACAAAAUAGGUAG